AUGUAACGUUGUUAUUAUUCCAGGAAGAGGACACGGGAAAGCACUGAACUGCGUCAACAAUUAUUUUCAUGAUAAUUUGGGAUCUCAGCUGUUGUUUAACAUGGCAACAAGCCACUACUGAAUAAUUUAUGGCACUGUUCCUUGGUCGGACUUUAUCGAACAACAACAUGGACACAUCAAACUUUGCUCACGUCAUCUUCCAGAAUGUGGGGAAGAGUUACCUGCCCCACGCUGCCCUGGAAUGUCAAUAUACCCUGACACAGUUCAUCAAACCACAUCCAAAGGACUGGGUUGGAAUAUUUAAGGUUGGUUGGAGCACGGCAAGGGACUAUUACACAUUCUUGUGGUCGCCUCUCCCUGAGAACUAUGUGGAAGGCACCGCAGUCAACAGAACAGUGAUCUUUCAAGGAUAUUAUGUGCCCAAUGAUGAUGGUGAGUUCUACCAGUUUUGUUACGUGACCCACAAAGGGGAGAUCCGUGGGGCUAGCACACCGUUCCAGUUUCGGGCCAACAGCCCUUCAGAGGAUGAACUACUGACUGUUGAGGAUGAAUGCAACUCUGACAUCCUGGUCGUCACAACCAAAGCUGGCUUCCUUGAGCAAAAGGUGGAAGAAGCCCAAAGAGAAAAAGAGGAGCUCCUCAGAAAUAUGUCCCUGCUGCAGCAGGAGAAGGAGCAGUUGGAAGCAGAGAAGGAGAAUCUGCAGAAGGAGUAUGAGCAAGAAAAGGAGACCUGUGCUCAGUUGAGGAGAGAGACUCAAGAGGUACAGCAUUCUUCUCAGGCCCUGUCAGAGGAGAAAGAGGAGGUUAAGAGGAGGCUGGAGGAGGCCACAGCCAGAAUUGUGCAGUUGGAGGAGGAUCUGAUUGGAGUCACACAGAAGGGCCUUCAGAAGGAAACUGAGUUGGACAGUCUUAAAGAUCGAGUUAAAAAAGUUACAACAGAAAAGGAGGCUCUUGAAUCGCACCUUAAGAAUGAGAAAGAUGAGAAGGAACUUUACAAGAUUCACCUGAAAAACCGAGAGUUGGAGAACACUAAACUGAGUGCAGAGCUGCAGAUGCUAAGGUCUGUGGAUGUAAACAAGGAAAACACAAUUGCCCAGUUUAAAGAGGAGGUGGGGCGCCUGCAGGCAUGCCUCAAUGAGAAGGAGAAGCAAUACAAAGAGACCCUGGCCAAAGUUUCCCCCAUGGGAGACAUGAAGGCACUGAAGGAGCAGCUGCGGCAGAAAGAGGAGCAGCUGCAGGCCAACCAGCAGCAGUCGUCUUUGUUGGCGGCCGAGUUGAGGGAUGCCUCUAGCGCACGGGACCGCACCAUGUCCGAACUGUACCAUAUGAAGCUUGAGGCAGAUGCCCUUCGUCAGGCCAAGGCUGAAGCUCAGGCCCAGUGCAUCCACCUGGAGCUUCUGGUAGAGCAGAUGAGGGCAGAGGCCAAGAAGGAAAUGCAGGCCAAAGUGGAGAAAAAAGCUACCACAGACCCAGCUGUUGUAGCAGAGCUGCAUAGAGAGGUGGAAGACCUAAAGCUGCGGCUGCACAUGGCAGCAGAGCAUUACAAGGAGAAAUACAAGGAAUGUCAGCGUUUGCAAAAACAAGUGCUUAAACUCUCUGAACAGCAAGGGGAGCUAAAGAGAAGCUCCGCACAUGAGACCGCCGCAGUGCCCGCAUCAGGGAGUCCAGACACGUCAGUGCCAGGGAGCCCAGGUUCUGCUGAUCCCAUGUUUGAAGCCAUCAUUCAAGAAAAGUUAAAAGGAAUAAGCAGAGAGGCAUCUGACAGGAAUGACAAGUACAGAAAAUGCAAGCAGAUGCUGAUUGAAGAGAAGGAGCGUAGCUGCAUGUUUGCUGAUGAGCUGGCCAAGAUGGAGGUGAAAUUUAAGGAGCAGCUGAAGACCAACGAGAACCUGAAGUUGCAGCUGGCAGCAGAAGAGGAUCGUUGUAAGAGCCAGGUAGCUGAGAAGGGACGUGAGCUGAAGGAGCUGAAGGACAUGCUUGCAUUUGUUGUGAAGGAGAAGGAAAAACUAGAGGGGGAGCUCAAGAAGUGUAGCUGCAAGAAGGGAGAUCAGGGGGCCAGUGAGAAAACCAGUUUGGAGAACCUCCAGUCCAGUGUGCCUUUAUUCCUUCAAUACCCUGUUCCUUAUGCCCAGGAUGCCCCUACCCCUCUGCUGGUUUCUCAGAGCCCCAGCAAGCUGCACUUUGGAAACCCUUAUUCUAUCUCUGACUCAAAAGCAGAUGAGACGGAGGAGGAGUUCUCAGAUGAUCAGCCGCUCAGGCUGCCCCCCGUGGGUCCACCCUCCUGGGACAGCAAUGUGGUGUGCAUCCAACCCACACGCAACCACAGCCGGCCAGAAGGCCACGAAGAGUCAGAGGAAAACAACAAUGUUAAUGCCAACGAACAGCCCACAGCAACAGAAACUCGUAGCCCAUUUGUGAAUGAUGGACAAACUGCCUUCUGCUUUGAUCCCAGCAUGGACAUGAAACGAUGUCCGCUCUGCAAGGUCAUCUUCCCGCCCAACUAUGACCAGAGCAAGUUUGAGGAGCAUGUGGAGAGCCACUGGAAAAGCUGCCCGAUGUGCAGCGAGCAGUUCCCACUGGACUGCGACCAGAAGGUGUUUGAAAACCAUGUGCUCACUCACUUCGACGGACACCCGCUCAACUUUGACUAGAAACAAAAAAAAAUCUGCACAUCUGGGCUACCAACUUCUUGUGAACCACUGAACUGAAUCACUCUGCGCUCUUUUUGCAUGUGAUGGUGUAAAGGUCUUCUCUUUCAGUCUUUUACUUUCUUUAACAUAGAGAAAGGCUUUAGGGUGACAUUUAAAAAUAACAUUUUAAUUCAUUAGUUUGUUGCUACUGAAUCAGUUUGCAAAUCAGUUUUUUUUAAUAGGUUAAGGAUUUUGAUUAAUUUGGAUUUGAAGAAUAAUUUUAAGACUGUAUACAUACAGUAUACUGAUUGUAAACACACUUGGCUCUCACAGAUCCCUUAGACUACAGGAUCUAACCAAUCAGGGAAAGAGAUAAGUGUUUACCAAACUUAGAUUUAACACAUGCAAACAAAUGCUUUCCCCUUAAGCAUCACUGUACAAGUUUAUUAUUCAGCCUUCAAAGAAAGCAGCCUUGGUGCACUGUAUGCAGUCAGGGAGAAAUCUUCAGUGAUUCUAUCAAUAUACAGAAUAUCAUUAGAUCAGAUUGUCUAUUUUAGAAUUAUUAAAAACAACAAUAUUGUGGCAGCCUUGAUACUUUGUGUAUGAUGUAGGUUUGUUUUUGUUAGGUUUCCUUUUUGAUUCUGAUCAUUUGUCUCCAGAUUCCUAAAAAACUUUAUCAGCUAAUCAGUGCAUGCCAAGCUUCUGUUAAAUUUAUUUCUUUUGUUCUUCUUUUACCGUAUUAAGUUAUUUCAUUCAUAAAACUGUUUCAUUAGUUUAGUGAGUCCUAUGUAUCUAAUAAAUCUAAUAAAGUCUCUGAAACUAAA